AAUGGAUUCUCAUCCUUCCUUCUCUACACGUGUUUAGUUGUGCGACGGACGGGAGGAUCAUGCCGCCGAAGAGGAAGGUCCCAUGCCCGAACCAGGGCUGCACACAUUCUCAGCUUCAAGUUAAGCAUAACUUAAGUACCGGCAAAUCCUCUCAAAUACUGAAUCUUAGGAAUACCUCAACAAUUAGAUAUUCAACAACAAGUACUCAUUCAUAAAAUUCAAGAUGAGAGUCUCAUUCAUCCUUCUCUCUGGUGGUGUCUUGGCGGCAACCCUGGAAUCUCGGCAAACAACAUCGUGCACAACACCGAAUGGUGCCGGGUAUUGUGGCAGCACAGCAAAUGGCUGCGCUGGAGGGACAUUUUAUUCUGGCUUCUGUCCAGGUGCCUCCAAUAUCCAAUGUUGCGUUGUUCCUUGUUCAACCCCCAGUGGUUCCGGACACUGCCAAUAUACCACCAGCAGCUGCUCUGGAUCGUUCGUAUCUGGGUAUUGUCCCGGUGCAUCAAACUACCAGUGCUGUGUUGGAGGAUCCUCUUCAGCAUCGGGGUUGCCAGGCAUUGAUCUCUCAGCAACACCUCCUGCGUCAUUCUGGAGCUGCGCUGCCUCAAAUUACAAAGUAGUCGCUCUGAGAGGAUAUCAACAAGCUUGUGGAUCAGGUGGACAAGUUGCGUCCAAUUUCGUAGCCAAUUACAAUGCAGCCAAAAGUGCAGGAGUCGCCAGGAUCGAUGCAUACAUGUUCCCAUGCACAGGAACACAACCAACUGGCGUCGCAUGCAAGAGCCCUUCAACUCAGCUCGCCGAGUUUCUGAAUGCCAUUGACAACAAUGGGAUGACACUUGGGACUCUUUGGUUCGACAUUGAACCCACUUCAGGCACAUGCAAUGCCUGGAACCUUGGAGCGACGCAGAACACGGCACUUGCACGGCAAUGGGUUUCGUUGCUCCAAAAUAGUGGUCGCAAGUGGGGUAUCUAUGCUAAUGGAAAUCAAUGGUCUGGAAUGUUUGGCUCGAGAAGUACGGAUGUCGGGUCACAGCUUCCUCUGUGGGCUGUGCAGUUCGACAAAACACCAGGUGUCAAUACUGUCAACACUUUCAUGGGAGGGUGGACAUCCGCCGUCGCAAAGCAAUACUACCUUGAUACCACUGCAUGCGGAUCCGGUGUAGAUCUUGACUAUUUUCUGCCGUGAGCAAGAUUCGUGAAGGUCUGGACGGACACGUAACGAUGUGCAUUUAUUAGGGUAGAUUCGUGGCAUAGAUAUUCCGUC